CAAAUCCUGGAUACACUAAAUGCUGAUAUAAUUUGUUUUCAAGAAACAAAAAUUACUAUAGACAAACUAGAUUCUUCCCUUGCAAUAAUACCAGGAUAUGACGCUUAUUUUUCUUCUUCAAGGGGGAAAGGUGGAUACGCAGGAGUCGUUACGUAUGUAAGGACAAGUACCGUAAAACCAAUUGCAGCUGAAGAAGGAAUCUCCGGCAUUCUAAGUGAAGUACCUGUAUAUGCUAAAUCAAAAGUUAAUGUGAUGACAAAAGGAAUCAUGCCUAGUAUUAUUAGUGAAUUUACAGCAGAUGAGUUGUUAGAAAUAGAUUCAGAAGGUCGAUGCGUUACUCUUGAUUUUGAGGCAUUUGUUUUGUUCAAUGUAUAUUGUGUACAUGAAUCCUCUCAAGACCGUCUUCCGUACAAAUUAAAAUUCUAUAAAAUAUUACAAAAGCGUGUAGAAGCUUUGCUUGAUUCUGGAAGACAAGUUAUAGUUAUUGGAGAUUUAAAUGUUACACAUAAAGAGAUAGACCAUUGUGAUCCUCAAAAAUCAAUAAAAGAUUAUGGUUUAGAAUCUUUUGGUGAUCAUCCGGCAAGAAAAUGGUUUGAUAGUUGGAUUUCGCCGAAUGGUCCAAUGAUUGACUUGUGUAGGAAGUUUCACCCGGAUGAAGAAGGAAUGUUUACAUCAAUUGAUUUUAAAUUUUAUUUAGGAACGCGUUUAGAUUAUAUACUUGUUAGUGAAGGCUUAGUAAAAUGGUUCAAAUCAUGCGAUGUAAAACAAGCUAUUAUGGGGUCUGAUCAUUGUCCAAUAUUUGGUGAAAUAAUUGAUGAAAUAUAUGAAGAGGAUCAUAAACUUUCAUUAUUUAAGGAAGAUGCCUUAAAGACACCAACACCAAAACUUUGUGCAAAAUAUUCGGCAAAAUUUUCAGGAAAUCAACAAACACUGAAAAGCUUUUUUACCAAACAGGAUAUAAGAAAAAAACAAGCACAGGAAACUAAAAUGGAAACUUCGAACACUAGUAAUGAUGAAAAUAUAAAAAAAUUAACUAAUAUAAUACCAUCGGAUUCAUCAAGUAUCAUUUCUGAAGGUUUAAAAGGGCAAUUGGAACUUGAAGGGAAGACAGGAAGUCAAUCUCUAAUUAGACAAGAUACAUUACCAGAAAAAAAAUUAGAACAUGUAAACGAGUCGGAAGAAGAACGGGUAGAGUUAGAUUCAGUCAUUAUAUCUGAUCCCUCAAAUUCUCCUGGAGAAUCUUUAUACAUGUGUAAUGAUAAUGAAUAUGAACACAUGGAGGUUUCUCUCAACAAUAAUAAAGAAGAGACACAAUCUCAAUGGAAUGAUUUAUUCAAACCAAGACCUAUUCCAAAUUGCAUUGUACAUGGAGAAUCAUGCAAAGAAUAUACAGUUAAUAAACCUGGAAUAAAUCAGGGAAGACGAUUCUUCUUGUGUUCGAGGCCUGUUGGGAAUUCUCAGGAAAGUCGAUGUGACUUUUUUGAAUGGGUCAAUGGGAAUAAAUUCAAGUUUUCGAAGCCUGUAAAAAGAUCUUAUUCAGGUCCAACUCAUGAUAAUAAACCAAACAAAAAGAAAUGA